AUGCAUACCCUGUUCACGACGGACCAGCGUCAUUAUGGGCACGCGCAGCCCGGCUACCCGACGAACGGGCCGGCGAUGGCGUCCGCCCACCACUACACGUACGAUCAGUACUCGCGGUACGCGUACGCCGGUUCCGCCUAUGCGCUGGCCGCGCCGCACCAGAACAAGGAGAUGGUGAAGCCACCGUACUCGUACAUCGCCCUGAUCGCGAUGGCGAUCCAGAACUCGGCGGACAAGAAGAUCACGCUGAACGGCAUCUACCAGUACAUCAUGGACCGGUUCCCGUACUACCGGGACAACAAGCAGGGCUGGCAGAACUCGAUCCGCCACAACCUCAGCCUGAACGAGUGCUUCGUGAAGGUGGCGCGGGACGACAAGAAGCCGGGCAAGGGCAGCUACUGGACGCUCGAUCCGGACUCGUACAACAUGUUCGACAACGGGUCCUUCCUGCGGCGGCGGCGCCGCUUCAAGAAGAAGGACGCGCUCAAGGAGAAGGAGGAGCUGAUGAAGCGCCAGAGCUUGCUGCUGGACGACAAGAUGGGCGAUAUCAAGCCGAUCAAGAUUAUGUCCGGUGGGCAUCAUCACCACCACCACCAUCACCAUCACACGCUCGAGGGCAAACACCAUCAGGCGGCGCUCGGGCAUCAUCAGACGUUUAAGCGCGAGCCGGGGUUGGAGCUGGCGGCACAGUGCAUGGUGAAGGACGGGCUCACUUCCUCGCUGCUCAACACCUGCCACGAUACGUUCGCGACCCAGAUGAACCACCUGUCGGCCGCCGGUGACCAUGGCUUCACCGUGGACUCGCUGAUGAACGUCUACAAUCCGCGGCUGCAUCACAGCUCCUAUCCGUACCACUUCAACGACGACAACCUGAUGGCGGCGUCCGGCGGUCAGCUGAGGCAUCAUCACAGUUCCGCCCACCAUCCGCCGCCGCACGGUGGCUGGUACACGCCGGAAACACCGCCGGAAUCCAUUGGCAACACCUCCGGAAGCUCGACGACUACACCGACCACCCUGCCCUCGGUCACCGUGACUCCCACCGCCGGCAUCGGUGUUGGGCUCGGUGGGGGUGGCGGUGGUGGGACCGUGAUCGGAAACGGGGGUGGUGGCCUCGGCGGUGGUGUGGGCAUCGGGACGCACCAGGGCGGCAGUAUGGGGCCCGGUUCGGGCGGGUUCCGGGAUAUGGUGUUCGACCACAACCAAGCGUCGGCUGCGGCUGCGGCGGCGGCCGCCGCUGCCGUUGCUGUCAACUGCCAGAUGGAGGCGGCCGGUAGUCCAGGAAGCAACAGCCUUACGUCCGCUAGCCCGCCGAUGAACUCGGCUGCCGCUGCGGCGGCCGCUGCUGCUGGGCAUCUGGGCGGUAACCUGGGCCACUUGGGGCACUACCGGUCGCACGUCGGAUACUACCAGGACUGUGGCUUGAAGUAUGGCGUGUAA